CGAACUAUUCUUGUGCGUUCUCCAAUUGGUCCGGAUAUCUACAAACUCAAGCUAGGGGAAGACAAUACACAAAUAGGAAUGGUACGAAAGAGGUUGCUAGUCCAUGUGUGGGUAGCGGUAACUCCCAUACUUAUGACUGAAAUCCUUAUCCUUUCACUGUUAUCCAAGUCCAUUGAGAACACAUAACCGCUAUAGCCUACUCACCUUUCUACCCCCUCCGACCUAAAAUGCCCCGCCAGCGAACAUCCUGCUAUACCUGUGCAUUAAUCAAAACGGCGUGUGGCCAGGGCCAACCUUGCACACGAUGCCAAAGGUUGUCUCUAACUUGCGACUAUGGACCCACAGCCCCAAGGAACCGCAGGAGAAAUGACGCUGAGGAUACGGCGUCUCGAACUCGUGCUAGACAUCGCAAAUCGAGGAAUGGUUGUCUAAAUUGUGCAAAGAGACGAAAGAAGUGCGAUGAAGUAGCUCCUCGAUGUGGGGAAUGUAGACGGCUUGAGAUCGCAGAUUGUCAAGGGAAAAGCACAGCAUCCUUUCGGCAGACGCCAUUAACAAGCUUUCCGGCGGUUUCUGAAUUCGAUGGUGAUAGGAAUAAUCUCCCGAAUCAAGACCUGAACGAUGUUGUUGAUACUGCCCUGAGCACUAGCGAAUAUCUCAGCCACGUUGCUCUGAUGCCUGAAAGCGACAUUGCGGAGAUGGCUAGACGUGGCCAUCUAAAGGACAGCAAUGCAUUAAGGGGGCAAGAGAAAGAUCAGGAUCCCCAAAACAAUCCUAUUCUCAAGAACUUCCCUAGGGUGUCUCAUUGGGACUUUACUGACUGGGACCCCGUGGAGCAAUAUCUGCUCAAUCAUUUUCUGGAAGUUGUCUCACGGUCCUUCGUCGUUGUCUUUGAUGAUGAGAAUCCGUUUCUUCAGGAAAUCCUUCCCAAGGCAUCAAAUGUCAGAUCCGUACGACAUGCAGUGCUAGCUUUGACAGCUUGCCACCUCUGUAAGUUAUAUCCGAAUUUUGAAGGCAGUGUGGUGAGGCACCAAAGUCUUGCAUUGUUUUUGCUGAAAAAGGAUCUCGAGUCCGGAAAUGACAUCGAAAACACGCUCGUGGUGUCGCUCUUAUUAUGUUUAUUUGAAAUCUGCCAAGGAAAUUCCAGAAAGUGGAUUCUACAUCUAUAUGGUUCCAAGGCCUUGAUUGACGUAUCCCUUAGCCAAGGGACCGGCAGGAAAUUAUCACAGUUUCUACUAGACUUGUAUAAGUUCAUCUGCUGCAAAGCAAUGAUAACCUGCGAAAAGGUCCCAGUCAUGCCAUGCGGCUUCGAGUCCCUCCAGAAUGUGGAACCCGAAUCAAUCAGUUCAAUUCAUCCCCUCGUCGGUCUCGCUGGCGAUCUGUACAACAAGCUUUCAGAAAUAAGCCACCUAGCUGUCCGACGCAUGUCACGUCAUGCAACGGCCACAAGUGCAGGUAUCUUCACAGCUAAAGCGUCUGAACUGGAAGCAUAUCUUCAAUCAUGGCAAGCCCCAAAAUAUGGACAUAACCGUCGACUGUUUAAUGAGGCCGUUUAUGCCGCGGAAGCCAUUCGAUGGGCUGCUCUCCUUCGACUGUACCAGGUCGUUGAUGGGUGCGUUAUCAACCCAGAGAAGCGCCAGAACGCACUAAGCCAUGUGGAAUAUUUUAUUUCUCAGAUCCGCCCAGGAUCAUCGCUCGAGGCGCAGCUUUUGUUCCCGUUGUUCAUGGCGGGCUUAAGUGCAACGAGAAGAGCAGAACUGCUCAGUAUUGAGUAUCGAAUAACAGUUUUGGAGUCGACAGUGGGGACUGGAAAUAUCACAGGCGCGCACAAAUUACUAGAUCUUUUCUGGGAAAAGAGUCAAUGGGGAACCGGGAAUGUUGACUGGGAGUUCCUGUUGCAAGAAAAGCAUGCAAAUGUGGUUCUUUAUUGAACCUUUACAGAACGAUAAUUUAUGAUCUCAGUGUAGGUAUACAGCCUAUUGUAAUUCCAACUUCAUACACG